AUGCGUGGACUCGAUGAUAGCACCGAAAUUCUGAUCCGCGUCGGCCAGACAGCGGGCGAACAGGUCAAGCAUGGCUGGAACGCGUUUCUCAAUUUCGCGGCCCGUGAUAAUGUUCUUGAGGUUGCUUUGGGUUUGAUCAUCGCUAAUUCCUUCACUAAAGUCGUAACUUCCUUCGUCUCCGAUAUUGUUCUACCGGUCGUUUCCCUGCUGCCGUUUUUGAAUCGGAACAUGGAUCAAAAAUUUGCAGUUUUGUCGCAGGGACCUAAUUAUGAUCCUGGGAAGGGGUACAAUACUGUUAAGCAGGCGAGGGAUGAUGGGGCCCUUGUUUUGGCAUGGGGAGGAUUUGUUGAGAAUUUCCUAAAUUUUGUCGGCGUUAGCUUGACGCUCUUUGCGGUAGCGCACUUAUAUAUGCUCGUUUCUCACAACAAGAUUAUCAAGCCUACUGCCUCGCGCUGCCUCAAUUGUUCGAGCUGGCAAGAUGGUAGAGAGGACUUGUCCAAGGAUGAUGAGAGAGACGUCAAUGAAUACCAACUGUGA